CAUAAAUUAUAUGGGGUUUGGCAGUUCUCUCUCUUUCUUCUAAAAUUAAAAGGUUGAAAUUUGGGAAGAAAUAUUAUUAAAAAAAAGGAAACUUGUUUGAUUUCAAAGCAAGUGUUUUCUGCACAAAAGAAAGAACAUUUAGGGUGGCAACUGGCAAAGCCAUUCAAAAAGUGAGAAACAGUGUUAUUGAACGUAACCAAAGCGCAUCAAGUUGGUUAUUUUUCUUUAGUUUACUUUUACUUUAGCUGUUGUGUUUUCAUUUUUUUAUACAAAAUAUCAUUAGUAAGUGGCACUUUACUCAUCAUUCUGCUCUGGGGGAAGUAUGAGUUGAACCGGGUCCUUUGAUGCUCGACACACCAGAGCACUUUUACUCGAUCAUUUUAGGCUCCCACGGGCUUAGAAAUAACCGACAAGAAAUGGGUUUUCAGGGCAGAUUCCAGAUUCCACAUUAACACCGGUCUUUCUUCAGCUGAGGGUUGAGUGUUUGCAAGUUUUCAAGAUUCUCUUUGUUGGGUAUUGAAAAAUGGUACUCUUUUGUUACGCUUGUUUCUCAUUUUUAUAAUUAAGAAGAGUUUUCAAGUUUCUUUCUUAAUCCCCCCUUUUUUCUAUCUCUAUAGUGAUAGGAGAAUCUGUAAAGUUUUAACUUUUUUUCCGGGGAUUUGUCGUUGUAUGUUGCCGAUAGAAUUAGUGUCUUGAAGAAACUUUAGCCUGGCUUAAUUUGGAUCGCUAUUUAAAUUUGUUUUCUCUUAGGAAGCUGCAAGUUAGGGAGCUUUUAAUUUGUGUUAGUUUUAUUCCAAAUAAAAUCCCAUUUUUCUGUUUUGGGCUGGUUUGUAUAAUCUUUUCUGGCAGGGAGAGAGCUUAACCGGUUACUGUAUAGAAAUCUUUUAGCUGCUUUAACUUUAAGGGGGUUUCUGCUCAACUUUCUUACAAUAAUGCAUUGAAUUCUGACUAAAAAUGGCUGAAAUUGGAGUUAGAAAGGUAGAAGAGCAAGGCCAAACCAAGAUUAGAAAUGUUCCAAUUGCUGUAACCCCUGAAGGUUUUUGGUGUUGUCCCGCUCCUGUUGUGUUCCAAAAGACUCUCAAAUCACAAAAUGCUCCAAAUAAACCCAAAUCAUCCUCACCACCGCUCAAGUCUAAUGUUCAGAAGAAACAAAUCCCACUUACCGAGAAGAAACCAGCGAUUACCCCGAUAAGAUCUGCAUCUACCUCUGAUGAUCAAAGAAGUUUUACCCCAGAUGAUCCUGGUGUAGGUGCUCCAAUAUUUCCCAAGAGACCACCGAUGCCUAAGGUAGAACAUGUGCCUAGGAAGGUGGCAAUUGAAUUUGGUGAGCCAGGGACCAGUGAUAUGGAGGUGAUUCUGCUUGGCAAACAUGGGUAUUGUGUUAAGUUGAGCGUCCACAAGAAAGUUUUUUUGGAGAAUAGCAGUUUUUUCACUGAAAAACUUUCUCAACAAGAGCCUGGUUUGUUUUGCCUUGAAAUUGAUGACUGCAAGGAUGCUGAAAUCUACAUCGAGACUGUUGGACUCAUGUACUGCAAAGAAAUGAAGCAACGAUUAAUCAAACAAAGUGUUUCACGUGUGCUCUACAUUCUCAAGGUCGCUGAGCUACUCGGCUUUAAUUCAUGCAUACUUUCAUGCUUGGAAUACUUGGAAGCAGUUCCUUGGGUUGACAAAGAGGAAGAAGAAAAAGUGGUCUCUUCAGUUCUGCGGCUCCAGGGUGAAGGUAUUGAGGUCACACCAGUAUUAAAACGCAUCUCUUCUGAUGUGUCUAAUUCCCCCAGAGACACAAUUUUGCACAUUAUGGAACUUGUUCUCAAAAACAAUGAGGAGAGAAGCCGGCGUGAAAUGAAAUCUAUGGUAUUGAAGCUUCUUAGAGAGAACAAUAGUCUUCCAAGCUAUGCUGAUUCAGCCGACGUCGUCAACAAAACUGUUUAUAUAUCAUGUAGAAACUGCUUGGAUUCACUCUUGUCUCUGUUCAAACAGGCAGCUGAACCAGAAUCCAUGGAUACCAAAGAACCUGUGGUGAAGCAAAUAGCUUUGGAUGCUGAUAAUCUGUCAUGGUUGCUUGAGAUUUUGGCUGACAGGCAAGCAGCAGAUGGAUUUGCACGAAUUUGGGCUACGCAGCAAGAGUUGGCAACACUGCAUUCAAAGCUGCCCAUUGUGUCCCGUUACCAUGUUAGCAACAUUACAGCUAGGCUAUUUGUUGGAAUUGGAAAAGGGGAGCUGCUACCAGUCAAAGACACUCGUCGACUGUUGUUCCAGACAUGGUUGCAGCCUUUGAUCAAUGACUACAGCUGGUUGCAACAUGGCUGCAGGUCAUUUGAUCGGAAAGUUGUGGAGGAAGGUAUUGGUAGGACGAUCCUCACAUUGCCUUUAGAGGAUCAGCAGAGCAUUCUGCUUGCUUGGUUGGACAGCUUUCUGAAGGCUGGUGACAACUGCCCAAAUCUCCAAAGGGCAUUCGAGGUCUGGUGGCGAAGAACUUUCAUUAGACCAUACGCUGAUGUCCAAGCCGAAGUGCUCCAAUCAGACAACUCAAUGACUUCGAAGCAGUAAAUGAAAGAGAUAACAAUACAGGUAAACAAGACCAUACGAAAAUUAAGCGGAAUAUUUCUCCGGCACCAGAAAUUGACAUGGCAAGUCUCACGGAUAUGGCAUGAUUUCAGUUUAAUCACUUCAUGCUGACGUUUUCUGCUAGAACUUCAGCAUGGAACUUUGGAUUGACAAGUGCGGCUGAUUUUUUAGAUCCGUUGGUUCUCGGAAUAAAAUUUGGCUCUUAGGGUUGUGUUGUGCAUUACUCUGGUGCAAAUUUAUGUUGAAUUUCAGUUUAUUUAUAUCUCAGUAGGGUCCAAGUUUUCAUUA